GGACGACGAUAUAAUCAGGUCUUAAGCAGCUUUCGGGCUGGAGCUGGAACUGGAGGAGGAAAUCACACAACCAUGUCUUCCCAAAACACUGCUCCUCCCAUGUUCGACGACAACAGCGAGCUUGCUGCCGAGCAGCUUGCGCUUGUGCUUUCUCAGUAUACCUUUGACUCUUUUUCCAUUCGAGCUACCCAUAGCAGUGACUCCACCGAUGCUGCUCCUGCGAGAAGAGACACUGGAUCUGUCAGGGAGAGAUUGCUAUCGUACUAUGGUGCAAACAAAUUGUCCUUGGUCAAUGUCGUUCAGAUCAGGGAGAUCUUCAAAAACUGCAUUUUCAAGAUCAAUCUUCCUUCCAUUGUGUAUCUAAUCAAGAGGAGAAUCUUAGACAGCUAUUUGAAUUACACUUUUCCUACUCUCUAUGAGUACCACACUCCCAACGAGAAUUUUGAUGGCAAUCUCAGCGACAAUCUCAAUGAAGAUAUUGGUGUUGCUAACAGUGACUUGGAAUUCUUAAGAAAUCUCGUAACAUCUCAAGUUAAUGCUCAAGAUAAUACUGAUGGGUUUGUUAAAUUGGAUAAAUCUCAAUUUACAAACCAAAUCAACCUAACCAACAAAAUAAAAUUUUCAAUUGAUUAUAUCGACGAUGAUGAUGAAAAAUUUAUAACUCUACUUGCUGAUAAAUCAAUUCCUUUCAAUCAAAUCAUCAAUACAAUCAAUCCUCUUAAUCCAGUAAACUUAAAUCAAAGAAAUGGCUUCAUACUAAAUUUCGGUGGAAUUAUUACUGAUUUAAUCUGGCUACAAUUUUCUCUUAACAAAAAAAAUAUUAAUAACAAUAUUCAUGAUAAAAAUGAUUUGUUCAAUACUAAUUUAAAUAACUCGAUUUCGAAUUAUCAAUACCUUUUAAUCUCUGGUAUUCAAUUUCAUCGAUCAAAUCAAUCUGAAAACUUAUUAAACCCUUUUUUAUCCAUUUUUAAUAAUAAUUUUAACUACAAUUCAACCUUAAAGAUUUACAAAUUAGACAUGUUUUCAAAUCAUCUAUCUCUUUUUCAUUCAUACCUUUUUAAAAACUGGGGUCAUAUUACCUCAAUUAAAAUUUGCCCAAUUGAUUUCAAUAAAAAUAAUUAUCUGCCCACUAUUAUUCAUAAUGAUAACUCGAUCUCUUUGAUAAGUUGUCUAUUUUCUGAUGGUAAAAUUAGAUUAUUUAAAAUCUUUGAUGAUCAAUUUUAUAAUCAAUAUAAUAAUGAUAAUAAUAACAACAACGACAACAACAACGACAACAACAACAACAAUAAUAAUAAUAAUAAUAAUAAUAAUGGUGAUAAUGACACAAAUUCAAACGAUACUCAACACUAUCAACAAAUGAUUAAACCAAUAUUAGAAAUAUCUCUACCAUACCCUUAUAAGAUAACUUGCUAUGAUUGGCUUGACUCCACUUCAAUAAUUGUCGGCACAAAUAAUGGUUACUUGUCUCAAUUUAAAAUCAUCGACAAUCAUUACCCAGUUCCAAUUUUUUUAAUUAAAAAACAUGACAGCUACCUUUCAAAUUUAAUAAUACAAAAAAGUUAUCCAAAUUAUAAUAAUACUAUCAUUGUAACUACAGGUACUGAUGGCUAUACAAUCCAAUCCGAUUUAAAUGACUUGAUCAAUUCAUACAAUUUGUCCUCAAGAUCCAAAUCAAUGAGCUUUUUAAUCGAUUUCUCUCCAAUUUUAUUAGCAUAUAUAACGUCUGAUUUAAAAGAAUCGAAAAUCUCCUCACAAAAGAUUUUAAAUCAAUUGUCCCCCCUAACAAAACAUGAUGGCACAAUUUCUUCAUUAAAUGUGUCAAAUUUGCAUCCAAUGAUAUUAACAGGAGGUUCGGAUGGAAAUGUCUUUUUAGGAAACAUGUUGAGAAGAUUUUUAAAUUCUAAAAAGGGAUCAACGCCAAAUUAUAAAGUUAUAAAAUUAUGGAGAGUUCAAUAUAAUAGUUUUACCAAGAUUUAUAAUAUACUAUCAAAUUAUGAAAUUUCAAAAUUAUUACCGACUGGGGUGGUGAAUGAAAAUGGGAAAAAUGGAAAAAUAAAGAAUAAUAAGGAUAAAGACAAUGAUGUGGAUGAGGAUAAUGAGGAUAAUGAUGAUGAUGAUAAAAUUUAUCCUCCAGAAAUGUCCGUUAAUUGUUUAAAAUGGAAUAAAAAUGUCAAUUGUUUUAACUGGUAUGCAGUAGGAACGACAUGUGGAUUAGUUAUUAUUGAAAAUUCACUGACGGAUGAUUAUGGAUUUUAAGAUGAUGUAUAAUUUGGUUUACUCUAUUUAAAUCUAGUAUAAAUGUAAUUUAAUUUAAUUUAAUUUGAAUUUAAUUUGAAUUUUUUCUUUUUUUAUUUUUAUUAUUUAAUAAUCUAAUAGUUUUGUUUUUCCUUUGAAUAAAAAUAAGGCAAAAAGAAACAAAAAAAACAAAAAAAACAAAAAAUAAAAAUAAAACAAUACAAUGCCCAAAAAUAGGAAA